ACACAGCAGUGGGCAGGGGAGGCAAGGCCUCUCUUGAGGAGCGUGAGCUUACAUUCUAGUGGGGGCGGUCGGCAGACAAUAAAAAUAAAUUGAGGUUAAGUGCCCAGUGGCGGUAAGUGCCGCGAAGAACAGUAAGGGGCCUGAGAAUGCCUUUUUGUUGGAGGGACCAGAGCCAGCUCCCAUCGGCGACCACAAGUUCAGUGCUCACCGGAUCGUCUUAGCAGCCUCCAUCCCGUACUUCCACGCGAUGUUUACAAAUGACAUGAUGGAGUGCAAGCAGGAUGAGAUCGUAAUGCAAGGAAUGGACCCCAGUGCCCUGGAGGCUCUGAUCAACUUCGCCUACAACGGCCACCUUGCCAUCGAUCAGCAGAACGUGCAGUCGCUGCUGAUGGGGGCGAGCUUCCUGCAGCUGCAGAGCAUCAAAGACGCCUGCUGCACGUUCCUCCGCGAACGGCUUCACCCCAAAAACUGCCUGGGCGUGCGGCAGUUCGCCGAGACGAUGAUGUGCGCCGUGCUGUACGACGCGGCCAACAGCUUCAUCCACCAGCACUUCGUGGAGGUGUCCGUGUCGGAGGAGUUCCUGGCCCUGCCGUCGGAGGACGUGCUGGAGCUGGUGUCCCGGGACGAGCUGAACGUCAGGUCCGAGGAGCAGGUCUUCGAAGCCGUGCUGGCCUGGGUCAGGUACGACCGGGAGCAGAGAGGGCCCUGCCUGCCCGAGCUGCUGUCCAACAUCCGUCUGCCCCUCUGCCGGCCCCAGUUCCUGUCGGACCGGGUGCAGCAGGACGACCUGGUACGCUGCUGCCACAAAUGCAGGGACCUGGUAGACGAAGCGAAGGACUAUCACCUCAUGCCGGAGCGCCGGCCCCACCUGCCGGCGUUCCGCACUCGGCCGCGCUGCUGCACGUCCAUCGCCGGGCUCAUCUACGCUGUGGGAGGCCUCAACUCCGCAGCAAAUUUUUAUGCAGGUGACUCCCUGAACGUGGUGGAGGUGUUCGACCCCGUCGCCAAUCGCUGGGAGAAGUGCCGGCCCAUGACGACGGCCCGCAGCCGCGUCGGCGUGGCUGUGGUGAAUGGGCUCCUCUACGCCAUCGGGGGCUACGACGGCCAGCUGCGGCUGAGCACCGUGGAGGUCUACAACCCGGAGACGGACACUUGGACCAGAGUGGGGAGCAUGAACAGCAAGAGAAGCGCCAUGGGGACGGUCGUGCUGGACGGGCAGAUCUACGUCUGCGGGGGCUACGACGGCAACUCUUCCCUCAACUCUGUGGAGACCUACUCACCCGAGACGGACAAGUGGACGGUGGUGACCCCGAUGAGCUCGAACCGCAGUGCCGCUGGCGUCACAGUCUUUGAGGGCAGGAUAUACGUGUCGGGCGGCCACGACGGUCUGCAGAUCUUCAACAGCGUGGAGCACUACAACCACCACACGGCCACCUGGCACCCCGCGGCCGGCAUGCUCAACAAGCGCUGCCGGCACGGAGCCGCCUCUCUGGGCAGCAAGAUGUUUGUCUGCGGGGGCUACGACGGCUCCGGCUUCCUCAGCAUCGCCGAGAUGUACAGCUCUGCGGCCGACCAGUGGUGCCUGAUCGUCCCCAUGCACACGCGCCGGAGCCGCGUCUCCCUGGUGGCCAGCUGUGGGCGCCUGUACGCCGUGGGGGGCUAUGACGGACAGUCGAACCUCAGCUCGGUGGAGAUGUAUGACCCAGAGACGGACCGCUGGACAUUCAUGGCCCCCAUGGCGUGCCAUGAGGGAGGGGUUGGCGUGGGCUGCAUUCCUCUCCUCACCAUCUAAGGCAGAGGCCGGCAUGCGGUGGGGAGGGAUCUGGUACAAACGCAGGCACUCCCUUCGGGGGGCGGUCCUUCUCGGGAGGGGCGUGGGCCAGAAGACCCGGUGAAACGUGCGCUCGCCAGAGGUACAGUUUUUCCAGGUGCUUAAGUCAGCCCUCACUGUGUUGCCCUGUGACCUUCAGGUCUAGGUCAUCAGGGUGCACACAGCAUGGGACAGAAGCCCGCCUGGGCCCCACAGCUGGUGGCACGUGACUGCGUUGAUGGUCCACACGUACCCAGGCUCCGUCCAAGCCCAGGUCCCACCUGCCACGGCUCUGAGCCGCCCCCAGGCAGACGGCCUUCCAUCCGACACUCCUCCUCCGCUGCUGUCCUCCAGCCUUUGGUGGCCAAUUUGUGACGGGGAGGCUGCAGCAGCCGAGCCCGUCGGAAGUCCGGUGUGGCAGGGAGAGGACGACACACUCCACGUGUUCUCACUGCCUGCGGUGACACAGCCGCAGCAAGGCGCUGGGUCGCACUCCAGCACCCCCUGUGGUCCCGAGCACAGGCUGCUGUCUCGGUGGUGGGUGAGCAGGGAGAAGAGGGAGAAGCUUCUCCUGUGUCUGACGCUGGGGUUUCAGUGAGGUCUUCAUCUUAUUCAGGAGAAACAGAAGGAAAAGAGAUACUUGAAAGAAACUGAAGGAGAUUUGAAGAAACACUUGAAAGAAAAAUACUUUUUUUAAAGUGAACAUUUUUUGCAAGAAGAAAACAUUUUUUAAAAAAGACACUAAAGGGAAAUAAUGGGUUUUAAACAGAGGACCACCCAACAUGACAAGGGCGGUGACCACUCCCACAUUCGGGUCGCAGGGUCCUGAGGCCUCGCGCGGCACUUGGGGUGCCCUCUGAGCCCCAGUGCGUCUGGAAUCGGUGCCCUCGACUGGUCCUGUAGCAAGGUGCUCUCGGGCUUGUCUUCACACCCAGCAUCAGAGGACGUUUUUAAUCAUAGGCUUAGCGACUCAGCUGGAUUACUGCCGCUGUUUGGGGGGGGGGCUCCCAGUCGGUUUCUGGGAGCUUCAGGUACCCUGGGGGUACCUCCCACUGCCACCAAGGCUUCAUUCAGGCUCCCCGCCCCCACUUUCACGUCUUUCUUGCUCGACCAGCAGGGAACAGCUGGUCUGGCCGGACCCUCACUUGCUCGUCUGUCACUCCUAGUCAGCUGUUCUCAUCGUGACGCUUCCGGGCAGGUCACAUUCGCACCUCUGGAGCCCAGCCGGGGACUUGGGCCUCCCACCCGCCACCGGCGGGCGUGUCCGGUAACCUCGUCUACCUGCCGGUCCACUGCUCCUCCGCCCACCUGUCGGUUCCAGGGGCCGGGCCUCCCUGCAGCCCCGGCAGGCGGUCAGCGAGCUGGACCUUGACACUCGAGCACAGCAGGCUCCGCGCUAGAAGUGAAGGCCCGAGGAAUCUCCUGCUGCCGUAAAGAACAGACUUCGUGUUUCUUCUUCUGAUCCUAGCGAAUGACCUCUGAAGGCACUCCGAGCUCCUUCCCUCUCCCUGGGUGGGACCUCCACACAGCACAGCAGGACCAGGACGGGAGGACGCCUCGUGUGACCGGUGCCCUGGGCAGCGGGGCUGUCCUUCGACCGCUGCUGCCAAACCUGGUGUUCCCCAGCGCUUCCAGGAGGAGGAGACGGGGUGCAGCUGUUCCAUUGCGAGACUGGGUCUUAGGGUCCCCGUCUGCCCCGGGUGGUCUGUCCGUUGCCACCUGCCGGCGUAGGCGGGAGGCCUGUUCGGAAAGGCCCGGCGUGGGGCCUCGAUGUCUUCCACCCCAGGACCGCGAGGGCUGCAGGGUGUGCCAUUGCCACGUACCCAGAGGGAAGCACCUCUGUUACCCGCCACUUGGGCACUGGGCCUCUGCUGUAAGCACUUGAAAACGAUGUCUGUCUUUUGUUUUUAACGACUGGACACUCGGACAGAGUUGAGCCUGAGCUCCUGGAGGGGCUCUGACAUUCCUCACCCCCUCUCAGUUCGCCUGCAGAGGUGGGCUCAGCAGAGGCUGGCCUCUGCGUUCCCCGCAGAGGGCGGUGCGCCGGGGCUCGCCUCAUUGCAGUUCCCCGUCUUCUGUGAACCUGAGGCCGCACGGACUGGGCCCAGACUGGGAAGGUGUGAGUGGGCCUCACCGGGCCCCUGGGGUGCUGGCCCAGAUUCUGCCAGCGGGGUGGUGGGUCCUUGUCCCGUGACCUGCCGCUCCUGGGGCGGCCUUCCGAAGCCCACUCCCGCCCCGAGGUGUGCAAGUCACGCCGCUGCACCCGAGAGCGUUUCCGAGGGCGAUGAAGCCGGCGCCUGGCCUGGGCUCUGAGCACAAGCGCACAGACGGCACUCGCACACUCGCCACCGUCAGUGCUCAGGCUGGUGGCCGUUUGCAGACGGCCGGCGUGGCCCUUGGGUGUCGCAGCCUGUCCUGUAGCGCCAUGAGAAGGAGACACGUCACCCGUGGAUGCUGUGAGAGGGUAUAUGACGAGGAGGCGGGAUGAUGCUACGGUGGGCUCUGGCCUAGCCCAGCUCUGAGAGAGGACUGUGACCUCCUCUGUCCUUAGGUAACGCAUGGGUUCAUCUGAGCUCGAGCCAAGGUGGAGCUGAAGACCAGCCCUUUGCCUUGGCCGCAGAGAUGUGAGUAGGUAGAACUUCCGCUCCUUCCCCCGUCUGUUUCCCAGAAGAUCUUACUUCCUUUAAUUUAUAGAACGCAUGUCUUUUGUGUUAAGAAACCAAAGAGAAAUAAA